AUUUCCUGUAUAUUGGGCAUCCUGUGAAUGGUCGGGACUCGGUUACAUCACUGAUUCUGAUUACCAAAAUCGUGGAGAGAAAAGAGAGAAAGGAAAGAGGGAAAUCGCGCAAAAACCUAAGAAAAAGCUCGAAGAAACUCCAUGAUUUGAACAUGGAACAAAGAUUUCGUACUUUAAUUUGACAAAGUCGAGAAAAAUCCCAUUCUUCUUUUUUUUUCCAGUGAAUGGGUAGAUGGAGAGCAGCUGCUCCGCUUCUCUUCAACCACUUGGCCAAGACACCCUUCCCUUCUCAUAAAUUCCUUACCCGUUCUCUCCCUCUCAAGGGACGACCAAAACCUCUUUGUCUACCCCCUUCUCUAAACCUACCUCUUCGUUUUCUCUUUACAAGACCAUUCUCCGCAAUCCCAUCUCAAGUUUCAGUUUAUACCAGCGAUUCUGAGCAUGGGUCGCCUGAUUUUUUCCACCAAAAUUAUGGAUUUGUUUCCCAAGAAGAAGAAGAGGAAACUGGCAAGAUUCCGAUCAAAGCUUAUUUCCUUUGCACCAGUAUCGAUUUGAAGAGUAUGCAAGCUGAGAAUUUAAGCAACAUUGUCCCUCCUUCUUCUCGUUCAUCAAAUUAUAUUGCCCUCAGAUAUUGUGAUUUCCCUCCAGAUAUUACUGCAUUUGGAAUGAAGGACAAAGUCAGCAGCUGUCGUUACAUGGUCGUUUUUCAGUAUGGGUCUGCUGUCUUGUUUAACAUUGAGGACCAUGAAGUUGAGAGCUACCUUGAAAUAGUUCGGAGACAUGGUUCUGGAUUGCUUCCAGAAAUGAGGAGAGAUGAUUAUGCUGUCAAAGAGCAGCCACAGUUGGCUAAGGAUAUGCAGGGAGGACCAGACUAUGUUGUUCUCAAAACUUUAGACACUGACAGUAUCCGCAUUAUUGGAAGUGUUCUUGGUCAAAGCAUUGCAUUGGAUUAUUUUGUUUCACAGGUUGAUGGUAUGGUUGAAGAGUUUGCCGGUAUAAAUCGUGCAAUGGAAAAGACUGGAACUUUCACAAUGGAUAGGACAAAGCUCAUUAAACUUGUUGGGAAGGCUAAUUCAAAUUUGGCCGAUGUAAUUCUUAAAGUUGGUCUUUUUGAGAGAUCAGAAAUUGCUUGGAGAGAAGCAAAAUAUGCUCAAAUAUAUGAGUAUCUUCGGGAGGAGUAUGAGGUUACACAACGCUUUGGGAAUCUGGAUUUCAAGCUAAAAUUUGUGGAGCAUAAUAUUCAUUUCCUUCAAGAAGUUAUCCAAAAUAGAAGGUCAGAUCUCUUGGAAUGGUGUAUCAUUUUCUUGUUGACUAUUGAGAACGUAAUAGCGAUAUAUGAGAUUGUCCGUGAAUCAACUGGAGUUUCUCUUUGAUUUGGUUAGCAGAUGAGGAAGUUAGGAUAGACAGAUUGGUUACAGUAGCAAAAAUCAAGCAAUUUAUAACAGAAAAACAAAAGAAAUAUCAAUUUAACAUCAUGUAUUCUUUCUCCACCAAUUUUGAAAUAUCAAUUAUUUGUAAUAAUUCAUCUGUCACUGUGCUACCAAGAGACAGUUUCUGGUUUAUAUUCAAUAAAUAGUAACUUGGUUUAUGUAUCAGCAAAUCUUUGUAUUUUUUGGCUAAAGUGCAUCAGAAACUGAAAGCUUAUAGCUUUUGAAUUUA